AUGUCCUCCCCGGAGGCUAAAACCUUGAAAGGCCAGGUCGCCGCGAAACUGCAGGCCGCAGGCAGAAAAGUCAAGGCGCUGGUCAAGCGCGAAAGGACACCUACGGGCACGGCGGAGAAGCUUCGCCAAGACUCUGAGGCAUCUUUGAGCGACGAAUCUGAGGAAUCCUCGAGCGAGGCCGAGGACCUGAAGACCGAUUUCCCCGCUCCGGCGGACGCCAAAUUUCCCUUCGAGGCUCCGAUAGACUGCAAUGGGCGUCGUCUUAGCCGCUUCCAGGAGGCCAUCGUCAAUGCAUAG